AUGCCUGCUGCUCGCUCUAGCCAUUUUAAAUUACUCCAAAAAUUCAAACCAGACUACUCGCCGAGCGAGUUCGUCCAAUAUGAAUCGCAGAGAACGGGCAUGACGGUGGUUGUCAUUGAUCAGAAAGGACCUAAAGUGAAUGGUUAUUUCGUUCUGGCGACAGAGAUCCAUGAUGACUCCGGUGCGCCUCACACUCUAGAACAUCUUGUUUUCAUGGGAUCACGCAACUAUAGAUACAAGGGGUUUCUUGAUAAACUUGCCACGCGAUUCUACUCGAAUACAAAUGCCUGGACAGCCACAGAUCAUACAGCGUACACUCUGGACACGGCGGGCUGGGAAGCGUUCUCGCGCAUGCUACCCGUCUACUUGGAACAUGUGAUUGCACCAACCCUGACAGAUGAAGGCUGCUACACCGAGGUUCACCAUAUAGAUGGCACUGGUAACGAUGCCGGUGUUGUGUAUUCAGAAAUGCAGGGAGUCCAGAACAAUGCUGCCGAGCUUAUUGACUUGGAAGCGCGCCGAUUGACCUACCCUGAUGGUGUAGGUUUCCGCUACGAGACCGGAGGAAUGAUGGAGCAGUUGCGAGUCCUCACAGCUAAGAGGAUCAGGGCCUUCCACCGUGAAAUGUACCAACCCAAGAACCUAUGUCUGAUUAUCACUGGUGAAGCCGAUCAUGCGGACCUGCUGGAGUCGCUGGAUAAAUUCGAAGACACAAUUCUUGAUGUCAUUCCAAGUCCGGAUUCUCCAUUCAAACGACCCUGGAUUGAUUCAAAACAGGCUCCUCCACUGUCCCAGUCAGUAGUCAAAAGGGUAGAAUUCCCCGAAGAAGACGAGUCCUAUGGAGAAAUAGAGAUUCGUUUUCUGGGACCAGAUUGUACCGACCCUGUGCAAACCGGUGCUGUCAAUAUUAUCCUGCUCUACUUGGCUGGCUCAUCCGCGUCUCUCUUGGAUAAUAUCCUCGUCGAAAAAGAGCAGCUUGCAACGGGUGUCUACUACGCUACAGACGAUCGUCCUAGCCUCGAAAUUCGCUUCACUUUAACCAGUGUAGAGACAGAGAAACUGACUCAAGUUGAACAACGAUUCUUUGAAGUCCUAAAAGAGGCGAUGAACAAAGAUAUUGACAUGAAUUAUUUGCAAGAGUGCAUUGAUCGCCAAAAGAGGACAUGGAAGUUUUCCACGGAAAGCUCCGCCUCGUCGUUUGCAGAAUAUGUCAUUUCAGAUUUCCUCUUCGGAAAGAAGGAUGGCUCAACCUUGCUCGAUGUUACUUCUUUGAAAGAGUACGAUAUUUUGGAAAAAUGGACGCAGGAUGAUUGGCGCCAAUUCAUUCGAAAAUGGGUCGCCGAUGCACCACAUGUCACCAUUCUAGGAGUCCCUUCUUCAAAGAUGUCCGAGACUUUAAAGAAGGAAGAGGAAGCUCGUGUUGCGGCGCAAAAAGAACAGCUAGGUGAGGAAGGCUUGAAAAAACUAGCUGAAAAACUUGAAAAAGCCAAGGCCGAGAACGACAAGGAGAUCCCAACGGAAAUGCUGGAGAGCUUCAAGAUACCUGGAAUAGAAUCCAUUCAUUUCGUGGAAACCACAACCGCCAGAUCUGGGGCUGCUCUACAGCUCGGCCGUCAAAACAACAAGGCUCAGCAAAUUGUGGAUGCUGAUGGGUCAGAUUUGCUCGCAUUCAUCCACUUUGAGCAUAUUCCAAGCAGCUUUGUUCAACUAUCUGUUCUCAUCUCGGCGCAGUCUGUGCCGGUGCAGCUUCGUCCGCUUUUGUCCGUGUAUAUGGAGGCCUUCUUUAAUCUGCCUGUCGAGCGUGAUGGUAAAACCAUCAAUUUUGAGCAGGUUGUCGUUGAAUUGGAACGGGACACUGUUGGGUAUACCAUAGAGGGUGCUAGAGGACUUGGUAACUCGGAAAUGCUACGCAUUUCCUUCCAGGUUGAGCUAGAGCAGUACAACAAAGCAAUUGAUUGGCUACAGGAGCUUUCAUGGAACUCAAUCUUCGACAUCGAAAGGCUCCGAACCAUUACAAGCAGGCUUCUUUCCGAUGUCCCUGAUGCUAAACGGAAUGGCGAUGAUAUGCUUGCAGCCGUCCACGUUAUGGUUCACUAUGCGGCCGAGUCCAUUGUCCGAGCGCGCAGCACUCUAGUAAAGGCACGAUACCUCAAGAGAAUUAAGAAGCUGUUGGCAGAAGAACCGGAAACGGUUGUUUCCCGUAUGGAGGAGAUCAGAAAUGCUCUUUUCCAAUUCGAAAACAUCCGAGUCCUAGUCAUUGCUGAUCUUGAGAAACUCCCUCACCCAGUCUCGGCCUGGAAGCCAUUUGUUGACCGGCUUGGUGCCAAUAAACCUCUCAAGCCCAUCACAGCUAGAAGGUCUCUACUUAGCCCAGCAGGCCAGAAACUAGGCGGCGAAGCGCACGUCGUUCCCAUGCCUACUAUCGACUCAUCCUUCGCCUAUGCCACAGCCCGGGGUCUUGACUCAUACGAUGACCCUAAACUCCCCGCACUCCUAGUGGCAAUUGCGUAUAUGAAUGCCGUUGAGGGCCCUCUCUGGGUGGCCGUCCGCGGCAAGGGACUGGCUUAUGGCACAAACUUUGCAUACAACAUCGACACAGGGUUCGUCAACUUCGACGUUUAUCGCUCACCAAAUGCCCACAAGGCAUUUGAAUCAAGCAAGGAGAUCGUAGAGGCCCACCUCUCGGGGGAAACUCCAUUUGAUCCGUUGAUGCUUGAAGGCUCAAUCAGCAGCAUCGUGGUCAGCUUCGCAAACGAGCAAGUGACCACUGCCUCUGCGGCCCAGGGGAGCUUCAUCCGGCAAGUUGUGCGGGCCUUGCCCACCGACUACAAGGAGAGAAUACUCCGACAAGUCCGCGACAUUAACGUCGAGGAUAUCAAGAAGGCGCUGCACGAUAUCAUUCUCCCCCUUUUCGCCCCGGAAACCGCCAAUAUCGUCAUUACCUGCACGACGGUGCUUGAAGAGGCUAUAGAAAAGGGUCUGAAAGAAUCCGGGUUCUCCCCGAAGGUGCAACCGCUGAAAGAAUUCGAGGACGACUAUGGACUCAAGGUUGGAGAUGACGAGGAUGAAGAUGACGAGGAGGAUGACGAGGAGGAUGAGUCCGGGUCGGAGGAAGACUCUCAAGAUGAUGAUGACCAGUAA